GCAGGGGCACAACAUGGCGGAUUAGGAGGCGAGCGACGCGCCCGGAUACAACGAACAAAUUGUGGGAUACCGAUUCCCCGUGUCGCUGAGAAGGCAGGACUGUAGGCUUUUCGGAAAGCUAACGCACACCUUCAAGGCUUCCCGAGACAUGCAUUUCGGAUACCAGUAAGCGCCUUCGUUGCUUUGCCCCACUCCAAAUUGGCUGUCUGUCCGAGAUCAUUCCUAUCACCCAGGCCCCCCACCCCGAACACACUCUCGGUUCCUGGGGUGUGGAGACAGGGGCCGGGGAAGUGGAAAACAAUCGCACUUUAUCGGGAACAUCAGGCUCCGUGGCGCGGGACGGGGCUGUCAAGGAGAUCAUUGUGCGAAUGAGUGAGUGAUGCAGGUUUCGUUUCUCCAGGGCAGUAUGGGUGUGUAUCCCCUGCUCCUGCUACUCCACGUGGCCUUUGUGGCCCUCAGCACGGCCCAGACACUCCCUGACCCAGGUGCAGUCCUGACCGCCAAACCUACAUACCAUCCUCCCACAUCACCCUCUAUAGUCACCCAAGCACCCCCAUCGUCCACUGCAUCUUCAGCACCGUCCCCUGAACUUGUUGUAACAACAGGACUCAAUAACUCUACGGGCGCGGUGACCCCCGAGGUUCCCACAGCCCCUCCGGUCGUCUCCCCUCCGACUGUGCCCUCCCCUACAGAGGCACCAGGCGCGCCCCCGACCCCAUCCGCUGCACCCCCGUCCCUCACCACCCUCAAAACCGGAGACGGCGAGACUACAGUUUUGGCUACGGCAGAGCUCCCUACGCCUGAUUCGACGCCCACCCGGUCCACUUCAGAGCCGGAGACGGAGAAUCCAACUUCCCCUACAGACGCCACCACAGCUGACAUCAGCAAGCCUCCAGGCGAUGGUGGGCAAGAUGACACAGCGAUCAUGGCGGUGGUGGUUGCCCUGUCCUCUCUGCUGGUGAUUGCCUUUAUCGUCAUCGUCCUGUACAUGCUCAGGUUUAAGAAGUACAAGCAGGCAGGGAGCCACUCCAAUUCCUUCCGCCUGACCAAUGGCAGAGCUGACGACACAGAACUUCAGAGUGUGCCGCUAUUGGCCCGCUCUCCUAGUACCAACAGGAAGUACCCGCCCCUUCCUGUCGACAAGCUGGAGGAGGAAAUGAACCGCCGAAUGGCAGAUGACAAUAAACUCUUCCGGGAAGAAUUCAACGCACUGCCUGUAUGCCCCAUUCAGGCCUCAUGUGAUGCUGCCUCGAAGGAGGAGAAUAAGGAGAAGAACAGAUAUGUCAACAUCCUGCCCUAUGAUCAUUCUAGGGUGCAUUUGACUCCUUUGGAGGGAGUUCCUGACUCAGACUACAUCAACGCUUCCUACAUUAAUGGAUACCAGGAGAAAAACAAAUUUAUUGCUGCACAAGGACCAAAAGAGGAAACGGUCAAUGACUUCUGGAGGAUGAUCUGGGAGCAAAACACUGCCACCAUCGUCAUGGUAACCAAUCUGAAAGAGAGAAAAGAGUGUAAAUGUGCUCAGUACUGGCCCGACCAGGGAUGCUGGACCUACGGAAAUAUCCGCGUGUCAGUGGAGGACAUGAUGGUUCUGGUUGACUAUACCAUCCGCAAGUUCUGCAUUCAGCAGGUUGGCGAUGUGUCUGGUAAGAAGCCUCAGAGGCUGGUCACACAGUUUCACUUCACCAGCUGGCCUGAUUUCGGGGUUCCUUUCACUCCCAUUGGUAUGCUGAAGUUCCUUAAGAAGGUCAAGACCUGCAACCCACAGUAUGCUGGACCCAUAGUGGUUCACUGCAGUGCGGGUGUUGGCAGGACAGGGACCUUCAUCGUGAUAGAUGCUAUGCUGGACAUGAUGGGGGCAGAGAGAAAGGUUGACGUCUUUGGAUUUGUCACACGCAUCAGAGCCCAGCGCUGUCAGAUGGUCCAGACUGAUAUGCAGUAUGUGUUUAUAUUCCAAGCUUUGCUAGAGCACUACCUGUACGGGGACACGGAGUUAGAAGUGACGUCUCUGGAGUCUCACCUGAAUAAGCUGUACGCUCCUUUACCUGGAGCCGGCUGUGGAGGCCUGGAGGCAGAGUUUAAGAAACUUACCUCCAUUAAAAUCCAGAAUGACAAGAUGAGAACAGGGAACCUGCCUGCCAACAUGAAGAAAAAUCGUGUUUUGCAAAUCAUUCCAUAUGAGUUUAACAGAGUGAUCAUCCCUGUAAAACGAGGGGAGGAGAACACGGACUACAUCAACGCCUCUUUUAUAGAUGGUUAUAGGCAAAAGGACUCGUACAUGGCAUGUCAGGGCCCGCUGCAGCACACCAUUGAGGACUUCUGGAGAAUGAUCUGGGAAUGGAGAAGCUGCUCUAUCGUUAUGCUGACCGAGCUGGAGGAGAGAGGACAGGAGAAGUGUGCUCAGUAUUGGCCUAGUGACGGUGUGAUGGUUUGUGGAGACAUGUCCAUUGAGUUGAAGAGGGAGGAGGAAAGUGAAAGCUACACUGUUAGGGACCUUCUCGUCACCAAUAACAGAGAAAAUAAGUCUCGCGCUGUGAGGCUGUUUCAUUUCCACGGCUGGCCAGAGGUGGGCAUCCCGUCUGAUGGGAAGGGUAUGAUCAACAUCAUCGCUGCAGUUCAGAAACAGCAGCAGCAGUCUGGAAACCACCCAAUCACUGUGCACUGCAGUGCCGGAGCAGGGCGCACAGGGACAUUCUGUGCUCUGAGCACGGUCCUGGAGAGGGUGAAGGCCGAGGGCAUUCUGGACGUUUUUCAGACGGUGAAGAGUCUAAGACUACAGAGACCGCACAUGGUGCAGACACUGGAGCAGUACGAGUUCUGCUACAAAGUGGUCCAGGAAUACAUCGAUGCCUUCUCUGACUACGCCAACUUCAAAUAAAGCCACAGCCACCUGCGGAAGAUCGGACAGACUUUCCCAGUCAUGCACUCACGUCCACACUUUCACAAAAAACCAAAAAACACCGCUAAACGAGACGGACUGCCAGCGCAAAGCAAAAGGGAAUGAAAAUCCUUUGGCCGGCAAGCACGUGAAUACGUUGGUGCUGGAGACGGAAAGAAAACAAACAAAGAAAACACCAUUAGAGAUGCCUUCUUGAAUAUUUUGUAAUAUUGCUCUUGUUAAUAAGGCCCUUACCCAUUUCUCUCAGUGUAAAUAUGCUCUUGUAUUUUUUUGUUUUGUUUUGUUUCAUUUGUUUGGUUUUAGAAGCCAUUCUGUUGCGGUUUUUAGAGUGACCUUAAUAUAGUUUACUGGUAUAUAAAUGCAUAUAUGAAUGGCGCUGUAGAGACAGAGCGGUAGCAAGAUGAGGGUGCUUUUCACUGGGUGUUUUAACAAGAACUUCCUUCUUUCUCUGCAGUUGAGUGACUGAAACGUAUUUGAAUGGCAGCUCGAUCCCACUAUGCUGUUUCCCGUAGCUACAUAACGCACAACACGGCAAAGUCAACCCGCCGCGGUGCAUCAGCGACUGAAAACGCUUCACUGUGCUUUUUCGAUUGUGUUUACUGGAGUGACAGAUAUAUUUUGGGGAUUUUUGAGACAAACCAGGAAACCCUGAGUGUGUCGAGACCCGAGAAAUUCCACUUCGUUUUUCUUUCGUGUUUUUUUUUUUUUUUUUAUCCCCUUUCGAAUCUCGCAAGGGUUUGCUUCAAGUGUCAUUCCACGCCUAAAAAACCUUUUCUUCUCAAGAUCUCUCUGAAAGCACCUUGCGUACUUGUGAUUUAUAAUCAAGGAAGUGAUGCAUUUACUUGCCCCCGGAUGUCUGAUAAUUGGCCUUAACAGCUGUGCUUGACGCUGCGGUGUCAUAACGUGCUUUCCUUCGUUCAACAAUAAAAUGAUCUAGAAAGAUCUAAUAGAAAUGAUUCUGUUCCUGCCCGUGUAAAGGACUUCAUCCGUUGCGCUGAAGUCGACGAGCCCUUUUCAGCUCCACUGAGCCAGUUAGAUUGACACGUGAUGCUUCGGCCCACAGCGGUGAACACUUUUAACUUCUCCGAGCAUAAAGACCAGGUAGACGGUAAAAAUGAGGGCCUGUAUUGUCAAGUUAUUUUCCGUCAAACGUUUUAUGUAGUUUAAGCCCUCGUUCCGCACCGCCUUGCGUCAGGAAAAUGUUUUACGAAACGUGCGUAAACCCAAUAGGCGUCGUUUUAAAAUCACUCACCCAUCUGUCGUUCCAUGUUAACGGGGUUCUCGACGGAAACCGUUAUUAUUUCAAGAUCCAUGAUGUUCUGAAUGAUGGAUUCCUAUCGCAGCUUCAUCUCGAGGUGUUCCACGAAACGCUGACGGAUUUGCUCGAGUGUUGUGCGAGUCGACUGUUGUGAUUUACUUAAAGUCACACUAACCCUUUCCACGUGAGACACUGUGCCAAUAGCAGCCUCUCAGGGGCAGGAUCCUUCUUCAGAGGUGGGAAAGUGCCUCAUCACGUUCCUGUAGCUUCAAGCGUAUUUCCCGCCUGCUCUUUUGUAGCCCGUGUUCCCCCCAAUCCGUUGGGACAUUGUGGCCUGUACGGCGUAUGAUAAUCUGUAAUGGAACCCAAACGGUCGCUUUUCUGUGUCUUUGGUGUAUUUUAUGAACUUUUUUUUUUUUCCUUCUUGGCUUACGUACCGUUUAAAGCCAUCCUGGAGGGAGCACCAGACUUCAGGACAAGUCCCUCAAAACCCAAGCUCUUAAUGUAAGCGGAGCAAUCUAGUUCUUCUGGUCAAGAAGGGAAGCCACGUGUCUGGAGGCUUAUUCAAUCUUCUGCUGAAUGUGACACUGAGACGGCCUGCUUGGAGAAGUGAAAGGACAAAGACCGCUCUCCAGACAACCCCUGAAAAUCGAUUUUAUCUGAAACAUCCCUUCAAUUGGAUUGUUUCUAAAAUUCCAGAAAUCUUAAAAAUGCUACCCUUUCUGAUUUUUCUUUUCUGUUUAUGCACCCUUCUUGUACAUAAUGUAAGGUUAUUUAUAUUUCAUUCCUAUCUGUUGCCUUGCUUUUAUUUUAUUCUUAUCUUUCACUCGUUUUUUUUUUUUUUUUUUAAGAUACUUGUAUAUUAAACUGUACUGGGACCAUUUUGAAAUGUAUUAGUUUUUUUUUUUUUCCUGUUUUUAAUUCGGUAUUGUCUUAAAAUCUUAUUUUUUAAUUUACCUGUUUUUUUCUAGUGUUUUGUUAUUCAAAUUUGAAUAUAUAUGUAUAUAUAAUUAUAUAUAUGAUGCAAAUUAUAUAUAAUUAUAUAAUGCUGAACGGCCUUUCUAAACAAGAUACUGUUCAAACCUAAUAAAAGUGCUUGAGAUUUUA